UGACCGAGUUUGACAAUUGCCAAGGAACAAAAUGGCUGGAGAAGUGUUUAUAAAGUGUUUAAUAUCAUUUUUACUGCUGAAUUCGUGCAGAGGUGAAAUCAAUGGACGCCUCCUGGAUGAGAAUGAGGACAACCUGGACUUGGAGACGCACCACACGAGAGAUCUUCCAAUACAAAACUCCAUUCAGAGUCAUCCCAGGAGGCACAGAAAGUCCAAGAGACGAAUGAAGCGAAGGUACAAAUGCUACUCCUGCGAGCCUCCCGAUUGCGCCAACAACGUGACAAUCCACACUCACCUGUGCCAGAAUGCCAUUCAGUGCUGGAAGUCCCGCGUGCGCGACAGCUACGGCGUGGAGCGGAUGAGCAGGGGCUGCACGACUUCGCACGACCAGCUGCCGGUGCUGUGCAAUCCCAACAUCAAGGGCGGCCACGCGAAGCGCCACUCCUCCGGGCAGUACAACAUCGAGUGCUGCACGGGCGACUACUGCAACAACGGCAGCUUCCCCGAGCUGUCGCCCAUCAAUGAGGUGAUCCGCAUGGACCCGGUCACGCCGGCGGGCCUCAAGUGGAUCUUCGGCGCCAUGGCGCUCGUGGCCGUGCUGUGCGUCGUCGGCGUGGUGGUGUACUUGUGGAUGCGCCGCAGCCGGCACAAGAGACUGCUGGUGUCCAGGAACAAGGCGGACCCCGAGACGUACUACGCCAGCGACGACAUCCUGCGCAUCACCACGGCCGGCGACAGCACGCUCAGGGAGUAUCUGGAGCACUCCGUGACCUCGGGCUCGGGCAGUGGCCUGCCGCUGCUCAUCCAGCGCACGCUGGCCAAGCAAGUCUCCCUCGUGGAGAUCAUCGGCCGCGGGCGGUACGGCGAGGUGUGGCGUGGCAUCUGGCAUGGCGAGAAUGUGGCCGUGAAGCUCUUCUACAGUCGCGACGAGGAGUCAUGGAAGCGCGAGACGGAGAUCUACAGCACAGUUCUGCUGCGGCACGAGAACAUCCUCGGCUACAUUGGAUCGGACAUGACGUCGCGCAACUCCUGCACGCAACUCCUCCUGCUCACGCACUACUAUCCACUGGGAUCGCUGUACGAUCAUCUCAACAGAUCGGCGCUCACGCACCACGAAAUGGUGGUGAUCUGUCUAUCCAUCGCCAACGGACUCGUUCACCUGCACACGGAGAUCUUCGGGAAGCAGGGCAAGCCCGCGAUUGCCCAUCGCGAUCUCAAGUCCAAGAACAUCCUGAUUCGCUUGAACGGAUCGUGCGUGAUUGCUGACUUUGGACUGGCAGUGACUCACGUGCAGGCCACCGGGCAAAUCGACUUGGGCAACAAUCCCAAAGUCGGCACCAGACGAUACAUGGCGCCGGAAGUGCUGGACGAAAGCAUCAACAUGGGAUGCUUCGAGGCCAUCCGUCGAGUGGACAUUUACGCCCUGGGUCUGAUCUUCUGGGAGGUUUGCCGCCGAACACUGUCCUGUGGCAUCGCCGAGGACUACAAAGUGCCAUUCUACGAUGUUGUUCCUGCUGAUCCCAGCUUCGAGGACAUGAAGAAGGUCGUCUGUGGCGACAAUUACCGCCCGUCGCUGUCCAACAGAUGGACAUCAGAUCCUCUCCUGGCGGGAAUGUGCAAGCUGAUGCGCGAGUGUUGGCAUCAGAAUGCCAAUGUGCGUCUGCCGGCGCUGCGUGUGAAGAAGACAAUCCAGAAAUUGGCCUCAAAUGACGCUACAGUGAAGCUGCAUCAGAACGAAGAGGAGGUGUGAAGAAGGAGGAGAUUUUCCUCCGAUAGACGAAGAGCCUCUAUCUUUACACAUUUAUUUUAACAUGAUUAACGAAACCGUGAAGUGUUAGAAGAGUUUUUUUUUGUAGUGUUAAAAAGAGAGCGGAAUUUCAUGGUGAUUUUACUUGGGGAUCGAGUAUUUUGUUCACCUCGCUUUAAUUUCCACCAACCGCGAAUAUAUAUAUUUAAUUUUUUUUCACCUGUUUCUCUCUGUGUAGAAUUUCUGUGUUAAUGACCAAACAAUUGAUUAUAGUUGUGGAAGUAUUUAGAGAGAAUUUGUCGCGCAACUCUGAGAAUGAAUGAAUGAGGAAAGAAAUCACCUUGAAGAUCCCCAGGAAAGUGACUGAAAUUUCGCGCGGUGGUUCUUGUUAUAUUAAUAGCAAAAAGGCGACGAGUGCGCGCGUAUGAAGAGUGAAUGAAAUCCAUAAGAGAAGAAAGAUUAUUAAGUUGUGUGUGAGAAUAAGUGAGAAAAAAAUCAGCAGAUAAGACACACUUUUCUUUCUAACUUCAAACCAUUUCACGCUUUGGAAAUGUGAUUGACGGCUAAAUAUGAAUUGCACACAGUAUGUAAAUAAAAGGAGAAAAAAAAGAGUGUCGAUCAAUCAUUUUCCUAAAUAUAUGCAUGUGAAAUCUGUGUUUUGUGACUAAUUGCAGAAGAGGAAAACUUCUGUACAACAAAACUUGAUAUAGAUUUGAUUGAUUGUGUAACAAUACAAAACAUUAACUUCUAAGAGUAGAGAAAAAUGUGGUUAGGAAGAUUGUCUGACUUACAAUAAGUAGCUGAGAAGGAGAAGAAGAAGAAGGGUGUUUGAGGUUCUCUAGGAUUAAAGAAAAAAAAAAAAGCUCGUAGAAAUGUAGAAAUUGAUUCUUGAUUCAUUUUUGUGAAUUAUCGCAAAUCCCUCAGAACUUUUGCCGAAGAGAGAGAGAAUGAAAGAAAAUGAGGGAAAAGUGUACCUAAGAUAGAAAUUCACCAACUCUUCCCGCCACAUAAUUUAACCCACUAAAAAGUGUGAGUGUGUGUUUUUUUUUUAAAUCUCUAAGGGUAGAAUUAUAGUAAGAAAAGAUGUCUCUAGAGUGAGAAAGAGAGAGAGAAUACAAAAAUACAUAUUUAACACUGAAUCAUUGAGUUACGUAAACUUCUUAGCAAUUAUCUUUAAAUUUGAGUAUCAAGAAUUACUAUAUUGAUGGAAGAAGAAAAAAACGUGAAAAUCAGACAAGAUAUAUCAGAAAAUAUUGAAUGUUGCAGUACCUAUAAACAUAUUAUAUUGUAUUUAAUUCUAUACUCCAAGAAAAAGAAAGAAGAGAAAGAAAAACAUUGAGUAAAAAAUCAUUUCAUUCACUCUCUAAAUAAGAAGCAUUAUGAAAAAUUCAACUCCAACACUUCAAUUCAGCUGGUGAAUUGCAGCUCAAUUGAAGCUUUUCUUGAAUCCUCUGGAGUUUAUUCAUCGCCAUAAACAAAUAUAUGUGUAAAAUUUGUAGUUGAGAGAGAAAAGAGGAUUUUGUGAAGUCAGCAAAAGAAAACAUGUUCAUCAUUUUCUCCUCCCCAUAUCAAUUCAAACAUAUUUCAAUUACGUAGAUUUAUCAUUUUGUCUCUUCACUGAUGAAAUCCAGUAAGAUUUUACACACAAAUCAUAUAUUAUUUCUUAUGAAAAAAGAAAAAAUCUCUGCCAUAAUUUCGUUAAUGGAAAUUGUCACUCGUUGGCAACUUUUUAAACAUAUUUAAUGUGAAGCAAUUAUGAAAUUGUUUAAUGAGUCACAUAUCCAAAUGAGACAUAUUAAUUUAUAUACUCAAGCCAUAAAAUACAUAUUGACGAAGGGAAAUCAUUAGAGAGAGAGAGAGAAGGCAAGAGAACGCAAGAGAACGAGAGAGAGAAUUGAGAAGGAAAAACAAACCAUAUUUUACCAUCCUCAGCAUUCAUGUUUGGGAAGAAAGAGAGAAAAAAAAUUGCUCAUUGUGCGAAAUAUUCACUUGUAAGCUCAUUUGUACAUAAAUCAUGUAUGUUUUUAGGAUAAAUCCUCAUUUAUAUUAACAUAAGCAAUAUAUAGUUUUUAACAAAAAUAAA